CGUUGAUACUGGAUCAUACUGCACUCCUUCGGCAGGGCAGCAUACUUCACUGGUCGUGGUCGACACGACAAUCGCUGCAACUCUUCUCUUGGGCAUCGUAGCUUAUGGCAGCCGGACGUGAUGUAUACCUGGUCAUCGGCGGGGAUGUAUUCGUCGGCAGACACGUCGUCCAGCGGAUGACUGCGCGCGGGGACGACGUUUCCGUGCUAGAUAGCACGCAACGACACGUCGACGUGGCCUUCUACUCUGGCGAUAUUCGGAACAAAGAGGACGUCGCAAGUGCCAUCCAGAAUUCAGGCGCGACCUGCAUCAUUCAUACGCUAUCCCCGCUCUCCGUCAAUUACCAGCGGAACCCAGAAAUCUUCCACCAGGUCAACGUCCUCGGCACGCAGAAUGUUAUCGCCGCCGCCGUCGAGGCGGGCGUGCGCAAGCUCGUGUACCACAGCUCGUCGGGCGUUGUUUUUGACGGGCACGAUAUCGUCAAUGGGGACGAGAGCCUGCCGUAUGCGACGAAGCUGAUGUCGCCGUAUACAGCAUCCAGAAUACUCGCAGAGCAGGCUGUGUUGGGGGCAAAUGGGAGGGACGGGCUAGCGACGGUUGUCAUCCGGCCUACAGGAAUCUUCGGUGUGGGCGAUCAGGAGCUGAUCGUCGGCGCGUACGACACCUGGAAGAAGGGCACGACGCACGUCCAAAUGGGAUCCAAUACGAACCUCGGCGACAAGACAUACGUCUCCAACGUAGCACACGCGCUCGUGCUUGCCUGCGACAAGCUUCCCGACCCCGCCGUCGCGGGCGAGGUCUUCUUCAUCACGAACAACGACCCGCGACUCUUCUGGGACUUCAUGCGCGCGCUAUGGGGUAGGCUCGACGAGGCUUUCCCGGAGGAGGAAGCGAAACGAACGAAGAGGAAACCGGUGGUGAUACCAAGACUAGUUGCAUUUGUGUUGGCGUACGUGAUGGGGUGGGUUGCGUGGCUGAGGGGCGCAGACCCACCGCCGCUGACACCUUAUGCGGUGACAUUCGCGACAAGCACGAUGUAUUUCACAUCGGAGAAGGCCAAGAGGCUGCUAGGAUACGAGCCUGAGGUUGGGGUGGAUGAGGGGCUUGAUUUGACUGUCAAGUGGUGGAAAAGCGAGAUAGAGAGUCAUCGACGUACCACUUGAUGACGUCUCGAGUGCAACCUGACAGAACCACAACUUGUCUGUUUUGCCUUGCCAAUGCUUUGGGUAAUAGUCAUCCACCAGGCGAUGUGCGCAGUCCCAUACGUAUGCAGCGAGUACUUCACCUUCUCGUACGCAUUAUCGCCGGCGCCGCCUAGUAUCACCCACUCCGGAAGCAUGGCAUGGCACACUUUAAGCCCGGGAGAUUCUAAAUGAGUAAGUAGCACAGCUAUGGGCUUGACUUCAGGGUAAAGGUAAACAGAAUGGAUCAGCUUCUUGCUGCUCAAGAGGACAGGGUUAAGCGUCUGCGGUGGAUAGGUAGGAUGACAUGUACCUACAUCGCCAGCAGCACCGCUCCUGUGUGCCUUCACCACGUUCUCCCAGUCUCCAAUCCAAGAGGCGUCAGGUGAAGCGCGUCACAGUGACGGUGAGUUGUGUGAUUGGGUCUUGCGGCGGUAAAGAAGUGGUUUGAAUAGUAC